AUGUCUUUGACAGAUGAAAUCUACCCUACGCUGAGUCGCGAAACAAAAUCAACCAGGCUCCUGCAAAUUCAGCCCCAGCAGGAAGACGAACCCUUGCAAUGCACGCUGACAACACACUCGCUUAACGACGCUCCUCCGUUUAUCGCUCUCUCAUACGUUUGGGGAGCGCCUGAACCAACACACAACAUAACCAUCAACGAAGUUACAUUCCGGGUGCGAGAGAAUCUAUGGCACGCCCUCCAACAACUGGAAAAUAUCGCCAACAACGACGAAAACUGCAUCUCACAGCAGAAGAAGUCCGGCACGGUAUUACCAAAAUACUUCUGGGUUGACGCGAUUUGCAUCAACCAAAAUGACAACUCGGAGCGCGGUCAUCAAGUCGGCUUGAUGAAGGACAUUUUUUCCAUGGCACACUUUGUGAUUUCGUGGAUAGGACAGGAAGAAGGCGAAAUCGCCGCCAUGCUUGAAUAUCUCAAGGGCCUCAAGCACACUGCCCGAAGGGAGAGGAACCACUACCUUCGCUCACAGAAGCGGAAGUUCUCAUUUAAAGACGCAAAGUGGUUUGUGUCACGACCGUAUUGGUCCCGGAUAUGGAUUGUGCAAGAGUUUACUUUGGCUAGAGAGUUAUGGGUAUUAUGCGGAUCUGUCGCCAUAUCAUGGACUUCCCUGCAACAGUUUCGACCAUUUGGCAUAUCUGACCAGACAAAUCUUGGGUUCAAGCAUCUCUCAAAGUCGGAAAGCCAUUACAGCAUCGAGCCCCGUGUCAACAGCUGUAGAGAGUUAUCAAAACUCCGACGGUCGUGGCAAACAGAUCCGAAACGCCCUUCCUUCACAGACAAAGACCCCGGCUUUGGAGCGAGACCCAAAUUGACCCGCCUUCUCGCCUUUUCGAAAGACUAUCAUUGUACGGAUCCUCGGGACCGGGUGUAUGGUCUACUGGGGCUGACAGAGGAGGACGGCAUUCAAGACCGAUUGCCAGCUGACUACAACAUUACGCCGUUCCAACUCUAUCACCGAGUGAUCAACCAUUUGAAGAGUCAAGGGCAGUCUUUUCUCCCUCACCUGUUUCGUGACAGGCUAGCUCAGGGACUCCAAAUAUGCGAUCACGACAGUCUGCCAACGUCUACGUUUCUCUACGAAAUAGUGGCGAGCCGAUGUGUGAAAAGACUCCUGCACACUGGUGCAAAUAUGUGGAGAGAGCAAUUUCUAAAGGAAGUCACGGGGUUUCUAGAGAUUGCGGAUGGAGAUGGUGAUGCUCAUGCAAUGUUCUCCAGGAUCAUCUGCGGAAUGAGCUCCUUUCCUUCCAACGAAGACCCAACCACUUGGGCAGAGUUUGUUGCAGCUCUAAAGAAUGCUUUGAGAAUUAAUGACAAAGACUUAUUGAAGUUGCCGACAAUUGAAGUUGAUAGCUUUUAA